GUAUCUUGCAGCCCCUGUGCUAUACCCCCUGGCACAUCAGUUUCAGCAAAUAACUUUACUUUGUACCAGCGACACCUUCAGUCUUUGCAUGAAAAUAACUUACUAGAAGAGCAAAGACAGAGGCAAGAACAGAUGAACAUCGAGAGCAAGAGGUCAGGCAGCCCAGCAAACAUGUCCAAGAGUCCAAGCAUUGAUUGGGAAGGAAAAUCUGUGUACAUGUCUUAUCCUGCUGAAGUCAAGCGAGCAAUGGAGCAUGAAGCUCAAAUGCAGAAUGCUGCACGUUCUGUUUCACCGUACAGGAUGUCUCCACGAGAAGUUAGCAAGGCUUCCCCACAAGCAGAGUACAAUCCUGUCCGCUACUGUGUCCCUCCAGUGUUGCAGCCUGCUCCACAUCAGGUAAUAACUUCCUUGGCAGAAGGAACACGUCUCUCUGUGACGCGUCCAACCCGUCCACCUCCCCCUCUGAUACCAUCAUCCAAAACUACAGUGACCUCCUCUGACAAGCCUUCUUUCAUUGUGGGGGGAUCUAUAUCCCAGGGGACACCUGGCACAUACUUAACAUCGCUCAGUCAACAGCCUUAUAACCAAGACUCGGUUAAGUCCUCUGUUGGCUCCAUCUCUCUUGGCCUGCCAAGGCAACAGGAAUCUGCUAAAGCUGGUUCUGUGACGUACAUCAAGCAAGAAGAGUUUUCACCAAGACAAAGCUCCCAGCCAGAGGGGCUGCUGGUCAGAGCACAGCAUGAAGGUGUUGUCCGAGGUACCAUGACUGCACUGCAGGAGGGGAGCAUCACUAGAGGCACUCCAGCCACCAAAGUUCCCAUGGAAGCUAUGUCCUCUAUGCGAGGGUCCAUUACUCAGGGUACUCCAGCAAUGUCACAGUCUGGUAUUGCUGCCGAUGUCUUGUUGAAGACGACCAUCACCAGACUGGCUACAGAGGACAUCAGUAGUCCGGAGAGGUGUAGAGAAGAGUCCUCUGCCAAAGGCCAUGUCAUUUAUGAGGGAAAGAGCGGGCAUAUUGUUUCCUAUGAUUCCGCCAUUAAGAAUCUACGUGAUGGUACCAGGAGUCCCCGGAGUGUUUCAGAGGCGACACUGAAGAGAACCUAUGAAGCCAUGGAAGGAAAUAUAAAGCAGAACCUUUCUGUCAGAGAGUCUGCUGUGUCGGCACCAAUGGAAGGGCUGAUCUGUCGUACACUACCCAAAGGCACGGAGAGGCAGGUUCUUACUGGCUCAAUAAUGCAAGGCACCCCAAGAUCAGCAUCUGAGAACUUUGAUGAUGGGCUCAAAUAUGCCAAGCAAAUCAAACGUGAAAGCCCACCCAUUAGGUCUUUUGAUGGCGCCAUCACAAAAGGCAAGCCUUAUGAUGGCGUUACCACAAUUAAAGAAAUGGGACGUUCCAUCCAUGAAAUCCCCAGGCAGGACCUUAUUAGUCAAGAAAGUCGGAAAACCCCAGAAAUGUCCAGGAAUAUGUUAGAAGGGUCUAUUUCCCAGGGAACACCAAUAAAGCAUGAAGGUGCAUCUGGUCAAUCUGCCAUCAAACACAAUGUGAAGUCCUUGAUCAUGGGGCCAAGUAAGCUGUCACGUGGAAUGCCACAGAUGGACAUGAUGCCAGAGAACUUGAAGGUAGUGGAUAGAUCAAAAUGUGAAGACUCUAAGUCAUCAGAUGCCAUGCGAUCACGUCAUACAUCUGUUGUGAGUUCUGGUACAUCGGUGCUCAGGUCAACUCUACAUGAAGCCUCCAAGUCCCAGUUGAGCCCUGGGAUUUAUGACGAUUCCAGUGCUAGGAGAACGCCAGUAAAUUAUCCCAGUCCAAUGUCCAGAAGUUCACCUUUAGCACGGUCAUCGGAAGGUGGCCUCACACCAGGGAAGUCUUCCAGCCAUGAAAGAAAAAGCACAUUAACGCCAACACAAAGGGAGAAUAUUGUUGUGAAGUCCCCAGUCCCUGGUGUAGACCAGACUGGGUCUCACAGUCCCUUUGAUCCUCAUCAUCGGGGUGGCAAUCCUGGAGAGGUCUACAGAGGACAUCUGCCACCUCACCUUGAUCCUAUGCAGUUUCACCGAGCUUUGGACCCUGCAGCCUACUUGUUUCAAAGGCAGCUUUCCCCAACACCAGGUUAUCCAAGUCAGUACCAGCUCUAUGCCAUGGAGAACACACGACAAACCAUUUUAAAUGACUACAUCACCUCCCAGCAGAUGCAGGUUAAUUUAAGGCCGGAUGUUGCCAGAGGGCUUUCUCCUAGGGAACAAGGGUUAGCAAUGCCCUAUACUGGAGCACGAGGUAUAAUAGACUUAAAUAAUAUGCCACCUACUAUCCUGGUCCCUCAUCCUGGAGGAACAAGCACUCCGCCGAUGGAGAGAAUUACAUAUAUGCCAGGGGCCCAGCUUGCUUUCCCUACUAGGCAAUACAAUCCUUCUUCUUUGUCUCCAGGUCACCCAGCACACCUAACUUCUGUGUCAUCUGCCAAUGUUGAAAGAGAGAGAGAACGAGAGAGGGAACGUGAACGAGAAAAAGAACAUCGUGACCGAGAACGGGAGCGAGAGAGGGAGCGAGAGAGAAUAGUUGCAGUCAACGCCCAGAAUGAACAUUAUCUGCGGACAGGUGCGGAGCAGCCCAGCAGACCUAGCAGUCACGGAUAUGUACGGUCACCAUCCCCAUCAGUCCGUUCUCAGGAGAACAUGAUGCCACAGAGACCGAGCAUAUUACAUGGAGCCAAUGGAAAAAGUGUCAUCACACCACUAGACCCCACACAGAUGCGAAUCAUGCCUCUGAAUCCUGGUGCAGCCUCCAUCACCCACGGAACUCCAGCCUCCCGGUAUAGCACUGCUGCUGAUGCAUUAGCUGCUUUAGUAGAUGCUGCAGCUUCUGCUCCACAGAUGGAAGUUUCCAAGCCAAAGGAAAACAAGCACGAGUCUGCACGAUCAGAGGAAAACAUAGCAAGACGUGCAGCACUGGAGCAACAGCAAUUAGAGUCUGAGCGUAGACUGGUUCAAAGCCCAUACACCUCCUCCAGCUUCUCUAGUAGCAAGUCACAGAGCCAACCAUCUCCAGCUGUGUAUUCUGAAGCGGGUAAAGAUAAACCGACACAUACUAAAUCACGCUAUGUGGAGGAAUUAAAAGCCCAUGGGAAGACCACAAUCACUGCAGCCAACUUCAUAGAUGUCAUCAUAACACAGCAGAUUGCUUCUGACAAAGAUGCUCGAGAGCGCGGUUCACUAAGCUCCAAUUCCUCCAGCAGCUUGUCUUCCCAUCGCUAUGAACCACCCAGGGACACUAUUGAAGUUAUCAGCCCAGCGAGCUCCCCAGUGCAAGCCCAGGAGAAGGAGAAUUACCCACAGGAAGUUCCUAAACCAAGCCAGCCUGAAAAUGACAGUAGCCGGCAAUAUGAAGUACAAACCAGUCGCUACAGGACACAACGAGAGUCUCCCUCCCCACAGCAACCUACCCCUACCCAUGUACCACAGACCCACAGGCUCAUUACACUAGCCGAUCACAUAUGUCAUAUUAUCACACAAGACUUUGCCAGGAAUCAGUCAGCUGCUCAAGGUUCUCAGCAGACACCCACAUCAACAUUCCAGAACACUGCCCCACCAGCAGCACCCGUCCGAUCCAAACCAUCCAACAGGUUCAGCCCAGACCCUCAGGCUCAGCCUCAACACCACCAGCGGCCAGCCUCCAGGGUGUCACCAGAAAACCUACCUGAUAAACCUAGAGGAAGGCCUGGAAAAUCACCAGAAAGAGGGCACAUGAGUGAGCCCUACGAACCUAUAUCACCCCCACAGGUUCCCAUUGUACAUUCAAAACAAGACAAUAUGAUGUUACUGCCCCAGAGGCCGGAGCCUGCUGAGCAAAGGAAUGAUUCUCGAUCACCUGGAAAUAUGAAUUAUCUCCCUUCCUUCUUCACCAAGUUGGAGAAUACCUCCCCUAUGGUGAUGUUCAAGAAACAAGAGAUUUUUCGUAAGUUAAACUCCUCUGGUGGCGGUGAAUCUGAUAUGGCAGCUGCUCAGCCAGGAACAGAGAUAUUUAACUUGCCAGCCGUCACUACCUCGGGUUCCAUCAGUUCCCGAGGUCAUUCCUUUGCUGAUCCUGCCAGUAAUCUCGGUCUAGAGGAUAUUAUCCGCAAAGCUUUAAUGGGCAAUUUUGAUGACAAGUCAGAGGAUCAUGGUGUCCUGAUGGGGGUAGCACAAGGCAGCACUUCAGGGUCUUCAAAUGAUCCUCGAAGAGAGGAAGCAAAUCCCUCACCUAAUUCAGGGUCCUCUCAGUUCCCGUUCAACCCGUUGACUAUGGGGAUGCUAAAUAGCACUCCUCCAUCUUCUAUGGCCUCCACCAUAACACAGAAUUCUGCCCACCAACAGAGCAGGAUAUGGGAGCGCGAGCCGGCACCACUUCUCUCAUCACAGUAUGAAACCCUAUCAGACAGCGAUGACUAAUUCACUUUGGACUAAUAAUGUGUACGACUAAGGGUUCCAACAUUCAUGUCUAUAUUCACAGCCUGAAAGACUUUGUCU